CAAAUACGAAUAAUCCAAGAGCGGAAGAUGACAGAACCGGCGACCACCGACGAAACAGGACCACCAGUCAAAAACCGAAGAAAGGAGAAACGUAAGGCUUUGAAGAAGGAGAAGCGGAAGCAAAUCAGAAAAGAAUUAGCGAAGAAAGCACGCGCCGUUGAGGAAGCUCUUUCCAAGGAUCCUGAAGAGCAACGCAGGAUUCAAUUGGAGGAACAGAAAGAGAAAGAGAGGAUAGAGGCUGAUAGGCAACUCUUUGAGGACAGAGAAAGGACCUUCUUACUUCUUCUUCAACAACAGCAGCAGCUUCUCAAUAAUACUAGCAAUAACAAUGUUACUGUUGAUACAGAUCUCAUGGAAGGACCCGACAAAGGUUCAAAUGAACAACAAGAUGAUAAUGAUGAAUAUGAGUAUGUAGAGGAUGGGCCUCCGGAAAUCAUUUGGCAAGGAAAUGAGAUCAUAGUUAAAAAAAAUAAAGUCAGGGUGAAAAAGAAAAUCAAUCAAGACCUGGAAAAAGAGGAUCCGAACAGACCUACAUCAAAUCCUCUUCCUCCACAAUCCGAAGCCUAUGCUGCUCACAGAAAUGCACCGACGACAGUGGCAGAGUUGCUGGAUACUGUUGCCCAGCAGGUCCCAAACUUUGGAACAGAACAGGAUAAAGAUCAUUGCCCUUUUCACUUAAAAACUGGAGCUUGUCGAUUUGGUUUGCGUUGCAAUAGGGUUCAUUACUACCCUGAUAAGUCUACCACCUUGCUUAUGAAGAAUAUGUUCAAUGGACCUGGUCUUGCCUGGGAACAAGAUGAGGGACUUGAGUUUACAGACGAGGAGAUCGAGCGUAGUUAUGAAGACUUCUAUGAGGAUGUGCAUACAGAAUUUUUAAAGUUUGGGGAAAUUGUUAAUUUUAAGGUUUGCAGAAAUGGUUCUUUUCACUUGCGAGGAAAUGUAUAUGUCCACUAUAAAUCGUUGGAUUCAGCUGUGAUGGCUUACAAUUCUGUACAUUGUCGUUUUUUUGCUGGAAAACAGGUUAAAUGCGAUUUCGUUAGCUUAACCAGAUGGAAGGUUGCCAUAUGUGGGGAGUACAUGAAAUCAAGGCUAAAGACGUGUUCCAGAGGGUCUGCCUGCAACUUUCUACACUGUUUCAGCAACCCCGGUGGAGACUAUGAAUGGGCUGAUUGUGAUAAACCACCCCCAAGAUAUUGGGUGAAGAAAAUGACAGCUUUGUUUGGUUAUUCAGAUGAGAUAGACAAACAGAGUCCAAAGGACCAGGAACAUUCCAACAGGAUAUUUGCAUCAGAUAGAGACAGUUAUCACUACAGAAGGCACCGGUCUAUUGAAACAACUCAACACAGUGGAAGUUGCAAUAGAAGCCACCAUGAGGAGAAACAUGUGCAUCACCAUGAGCAAAAUCAUGCACGAACAAGCAAACAUCGUGAACGUGAUGUUAGAAAAUAUCAAGAAGAUACAAAGUAUAAAAAUGAUACUGAUUCUGAUGGACAGCAGUUGGAUAGGUUUACAGACUGGAGAGAUCGUUACAGCUCAGAAAAUCGUCCUAGUCACAAUAGGAAAGGGAGUAAAUCUGGAUAUUAUUGUACAAAAAGCAGAACUCAUGAUAGUUCUGAUGAAGAUUUGUAUGCCAAAAAAAGGUCACGACACAAGGUCUUGGGAUCAUCUAAUGUUAAAGUAUCAGGUGACACAAAACACGAAGCUACUGAAUCCAAGUUACGAAGACAUGACCGACACAAGACCAAUUCCUCUAUGUAUCAUCGAAGAUCAAGACGUAAUCAUGAUGAGGUGGACCAUGAAGAAUCUGAGGAUGAACCAGUUGCUAAAAAGCAGAACAAACACAACAGCAAAUCUGCUAAAGACAGGAGCUGGUCACGAGAUAAUGAGGAUCUCUUGGACAAAAGUUACUUAAAUGAUCGUUGGGAGCCCGACAGAUCUCCCAAUGAACAUGAUAAACAUAACAAGAAGGUCGAUGAUAGGAGAUUAACUUGUGAAACACGUUUCCCUAGUGUGGUAGAAGAACUAAAAGUUGUUGUUGGUGAUCGUGCAGAUAAUCAUGGAGGAGAAAACCGGCAAAGUUAUGCUCAUGAUGGUAGAAAGAGGGAGAAGAGGAAGAGAAUUUGAUUGUAAUUUUUGUUGAAUGUACAUUUUUAAUUUGAGAUUUUUUUUAAACUAAGAAUGUUUGAUUGUUAAUUUAGUUUUUAAAAUGCUUUUCUUUUAAAUUUGACUUCAAUUGCAUUAGUCAAACUUGACA